AUGACUGAUUUAAAGUUUUAUCUCCAAUCAUCCCAUCAUCAUCACAUAAUUCAGAAACAGGAACAGGGGCAGGAACAGGAACAGGGACAAACACAGGAGGAACAGUGGCAGGAACAGGAACAGGGGCAAAAACAGGAGAAACAGUGGCAAAAACAGAAGGAACAAUGGCAGGAACAGGAACAGGGGCAGGAACAGGAACAAGAACAGGAACAGCAGCAGUUGCUGAACAAGAACUUUUCAAAAAACUUUUUGAACACGAAUUUUUAUUCAUUUUUUAAAUAUGUAAAUCGCUUGACGGCUCUUGUCACUCUUGUCACUCUUGAAACUGCAGCAAAUCCGAACAAGCAAAUAAAGCUUUUAGGACGUGUUGCGCGUUUACACCGCAAAUGA